GGCCACCAUUUGUAGGUUGAGUCAUUUUCUCAAGUGAUUUGCUCAAUGGCCAACCAAAGUUCCCUCCCUCUCUAUGAAAAAAUAUGGGCAAAGCACACAUUUUCAAGAAUUAUGGAUUCCUUGACAUUGCUCCUUCUCUUCUUGCUUCUUGGUUACCGUAUUUCCUCUCAUAAUAACCACACUUUCCCUUACUUUGUUGCAUUUCUGUGUGAAUCUUGGUUCACCAUCACUUGGAUUACAACCAUGAGCACCAAAUGGACUCCUUCACAUACCAAAACCUUCCUAGAUCGUCUCUUGCUUCGGGUAUCUGAAUCUAAGCUUCCACCAUUAGACAUAUUUGUGACAACAGCAGAUCCAGCACUUGAACCUCCCAUAAUCACAGUGAACACAGUUUUGUCUUUGUUGGCACUUGAUUAUCCAGCAAAUAAGCUAGCUUGUUAUGUUUCUGAUGAUGGUUGUUCUCCUCUUACCUUCUAUGCUCUUGUGGAAGCUACCAAAUUUGCUAAACUUUGGGUACCUUUUUGUAAAAAGUACAAUGUACAAUGUAGAGCACCAUUUAGAUAUUUUUGUGAUGAAGAAAUGGCCAAUCAUGAUUUGCCAGAAUUUAAACAAGAAUGGUUCAAAAUUAAGGAAGAGUAUGAACAACUUAGUGGUAAAAUUGAAAAUGCAGCUCAAAAUUCAAUUCCCUGUGAGUUGGUGGGAGAAUUUGAUAUCUUCUCACAAACAAAGCCCAGAAAUCAUUCAACUAUAAUCAAGGUAAUACGGGAAAAUAAAGGUGGUCUUUCAAAUGUGGUACCUCACAUAAUCUACAUAUCUCGAGAAAAAAGACCAAAACACCCACAUCAUCACAAAGCCGGUGCAAUGAAUGUCUUGACAAGAAUCUCCGGAUUAAUGACAAAUGCACCCUUUAUUCUAAAUGUAGAUUGUGACAUGUAUGUCAACAAUUCCAAAAUUGCACUACAUGCCCUUUGCAUUUUGUUGGAUUCAAAGGGAGAAAAAGAAGUUGCAUUUGCUCAAUGCCCACAACGAUUUUAUGAUGCGGUCAAAGAUGAUGCUUAUGGAAAUCAACUUGUGGCUUUGCCUAUGUAUAUAGGAAGUGGAUUUGCAGGACUUCAAGGGAUUAUAUAUGCUGGAACAAAUUGCUUCCAUAGAAGAAAAGUGAUUUAUGGUGUUUCUCCUCAUCAUGACAUUCAAAAUGCAAAUAAGGAUCAUCAUGGCUUGGCCAAUGAUAAAGAAACAAUGCAAAAAUUCGGAACCUCAAAGGGAUUUGUUGAAUCCGUUACUCAUGUUUUGGAAGGGAUGACAUUGGACUUUUACAAAUCUCUUGAUGUUAAAGCAGCAAGAAAAGUUGCUAGUUGUGAUUAUGAAUACAACACUGCUUGGGGCAAACAGGUGGGGUGGUUAUAUGGAUCAACAUCAGAGGAUGUACUCACUGGACUAAAAUUCCACACAAAAGGUUGGAGAUCAGAGCUUUGUUCAACAGACCCAAUAGCUUUUAUGGGCUGUUCUCCACAAGAUAAUUUGGGCCAAAUGGCCCAACAUAAGAGAUGGUCCACUGGGUUGCUUGAUAUUUUUCUUAGCAAGCAUUGUCCAAUUUUUGGCACCCUAUUUGGUAAGCUCCAAUUAAGAGAGUGCUUAGCAUAUAUUUGGAUCACUAAUUGGGCCUUACGAUCUGUCCCUGAAAUAUGUUAUGCCCUUCUACCUGCCUAUUGCAUCAUUACAAACUCCAAUUUCUUGCCUAACCAGCAGGAAUCAAGUAUGUGGAUCCCCACAACUCUAUUUGUGAUCUACAACAUAUCCAAUCUAUUUGAGCACAUAAAAUCAGGCUUAUCAAUCCGAACAUGGUGGAACAACCAAAGGAUGGGAAGAAUAACAACCAUGAAUUCAUGUUUUUUGGGAUUUUUAACUAUCUUACUUAAGCAUUUGAGAAUAUCUGACACCCCAUUUGAAAUAACAAAGAAAGAACAACCAUCAUCUAAUGAAAAUGUUGGUAGGUUCAUUUUCAAUGAGUCACUUAUUUUUCUACCGGGCACAACAAUUUUGAUGGUUCAAUUCAUAGCACUUUUUAUGAGUUUGUUGGAAUGGCAACCACUAGUUAGUAAUGGAUAUGGAGUUGGGGAAGUUUUUUGUAGUGGGUAUGUGGUUUUAUGCUACUUGCCAUUUUUGAAAGGACUUUUUGGGAAAGGAAAAUAUGGGAUACCCUUGUCCACAAUAUGUAAGUCAACGGUGCUAGCUUUCCUAUUUGUUCACUUUUGUAGUAAGACCAUUGCUAAUUGAAUGAUCAUAUUCACACAUGUAAUAAACACAUUGUGAGAAAUUUUAUGAAAAGAUUAUUCAUGUGUCUUCAA